GGACGUUUUACCCAAUCGGAAUUCACUGAGUGGUGACGUAGACGCGUUCCCAUACUGACCAACUUAAGCACUGUGUUUUGUCCGACUUUUAAAAACUUCUUCACUCGAAAGUGUUGCUGUUUUUUUCGGACAAGACCGCUUUACUUUUUGCCUCUGAGGGGAACAGAGGAGUUUGGAAUGCUGAGAAAAUGGACAGAAACACAGAUAUAUCAAAGUCGCCUGUGAGCAGUCUGGACGAUCGUGCAUGGUCAGGGUGUGUGGUGUUGUUCCUGCGCUGCUGCAGUUCACAACCUGACCUUCUGUCCUUCUACAAAGAUCAGCAGGAGAAGUUCAGCAUCUUCAAGACCAUCAAACUCACACUGACAGAUGUUGCAGGUGGACUCGAUGGUUAUGAAAUCCUCAAGCUUCACGACGCUGAUCCGUUCCUGGGAGUGGAGCUGAAGUUCAUGGACAUCAUACCCUGUAGGCGUUUCCUGGACAGCUACAAGAACGGCUCGCUGCUUCAGUUCCUGUCUCAGCAUGCAUCACGCCUGCUCUCGCUUCCUGAUGGCAUGAGCAUGGAAUCCAAGCUCAAGGCAGGAACACACACCUUGGACCACAGCCUUCAAGAUCCUGAACUCUGUCUACAGCUCGUGUACCAGUCUCAGCCGGUACGUCUGAGGGAUGACGAGGUUACGCAGCUCGAGCAGCAGCUACAGAACAGCUAUAUUCCACCAAUCCCAACAAAUAAGGAAGUGCCCAAGAACUGCUUCCUGUUCCAGAAACGGCUGUUCAAUGACAGGCCUCUGACGCCCAUGGAUCAGCAGCGGUUCGCUUCUCACGUGGGCCGUGACUGGAAGCGUGUGGGUCGAGCGUUACAGAAGAACUGCCGGGCGCUGAAGGGGACGGCCAUCGACAAUCUCGCUUACGAGUAUGAGAGGGAAGGGCUUUACGAACAGGCUUAUCAGCUACUGGGACGCUUCAUCCAAUCAGAGGGCCGGAAUGCCAAGCUGGGGCGUCUCAUCAGCGCUCUGGAGGAAGCCAAACUGAUCAACAUGGCCGAGAUCAUGCUGGACAUUCAGCCCCGAGAGUGAAGGAAUUGAACUGUGCGCAUGUGUGCGCGCGUGUGUGCGUGUGUGUCCAACUAGGUCUGGUACCUAAAGGUGUAGUGGUUUUUAGUUUUUAAAAAUGCAACAUUUGCCAUUUUAGGUCAAAUAAUAUAGGACCAGGUUAAGAUACUGGGAUCAUCACAGCUGACCGCUUUCAGUCUUGUUAGUCUGUCUGAAUCUGAAUCAGAGCAAAAUUGAUUCUUUUGAUUCCUUUGCUAUUUGGUUUAAUUUGAAUCAUUUAACAAGCCAAAAAGAACCUUGUUUGAGUUGUGUGUCGAACUAAAACGAUGGGAGAUUACGUAAAAACAACCGUGUAGAAAUCACCAAAGUCACCCAAGCACAACAAACAUGUAGCCAGCACUGAAUUAACCAUUAUAUAAUUAUAUAAAAAAUUAAUUUUCAAACUCUCCGGAGCACAGGGCAUUUCUGCAGGACAAUCGAGCGACACGUUCGAUUCACUUCCUGCAGACAAGUCGAUUCAGAGUCGAUUCAUAUUCUCGCAGCAGGUCACUCUGAAGUAGACUCUCAGACGCUCUUGGACCCGAGUGCGAUCACCGCGUUCUAACCUGUCAAAAGAACCGCACCGUGGAGAACAGACCAAGGUUCUGUUCAAACUCGCUCAUCACUGCGUGUGUGAAAGGAUCAUCAGUCUGUCCCUUUAUUUUUUUGUGUGUGUGUUCAAUAUUCCAUUUGUUUUUAUCAUGAAGAGCUGCACAUGUUUCUGUGUGUGUGGG